UCAGCUCAGACCCUGAUGCUGACCCUUUCCUGUCAGGCUCGAAGUCCACCGCUCCUGCUGGGACGCUGGCGGCGCCCCUGCUUCUGUCGCUCCGUCCCACUUUUCCCGUCAGGCUCCACAGAUCGUGUCACUCAGCCUGGCAGGCCCGGCUCUCACGCUUCGGCAUGGUGGGGUCCCGGCUUCUCUGGCAGCCUUGCCUGUCCUGCGGCCUCCCAGACCCAACGCCCUUGCCCGUCUGGCCGAGCCCACUCUUCUUGUCAGUCAGGCGGCCUAGGCCCCGCCUCUCCUGUCACUCAGCCCCCAAGGCCCGCCCCGCGGUCCAAAGGAACCGCCGCGAAAUUGGGACUGGGUCUCUCCCUGCAGGAGCUUGGUUGCCAUGGCGGUAUAUGCCACAGCCACCAGAAGCCCGCAGCUGCUGCUGGUUCUGAGCACCCUAGGACUCCUGGCCAUAGGUGCUCCACAGCCCCCCAACAUCGUGCUGCUGCUCAUGGACGAUCCAGGGCAGCCCUGCUCACAGGACGGCUACCCAUCCGCAAUGGCUUCUACACAUCCAACGCGCAUGCAAGAAACGCUUACACACCUCAGGAGAUCAUGGGUGGCAUCCCUAACUCAGAACUCCUCCUGCCUGAGCUCCUGAAGAAGGCAGGCUAUACCAACAAGAUCGUGGGCAAAUGGCAUCUAGGUCACAGACCCCAGUUCCACCCCCUGAAACAUGGAUUUGAUGAGUGGUUUGGAUCCCCCAACUGUCACUUUGGACCUUACGACAACAAGGUCAAGCCCAACAUCCCUGUGUACAGGGACUGGGAGAUGGUCGGCAGAUUUUAUGAAGAAUUUCCAAUUAACCUGAAGACUGGGGAGGCUAACCUCACCCAAAUCUACUUACAGGAAGCUCUAGACUUCAUCAGGACUCAGCAUGCAAGGCAGAGCCCCUUCUUCCUCUACUGGGCCAUUGACGCCACACAUGCACCAGUUUAUGCCUCAAGACCUUUCUUGGGUACAAGCCAUCGAGGGCGGUAUGGUGAUGCUGUUCGGGAAAUAGAUGACAGUGUUGGAAAAAUUCUGAGCCUUCUGCAGAACUUGGGCAUCAGUAAGAACACAUUUGUCUUCUUCACAUCUGAUAAUGGUGCAGCCCUCAUUUCUGCUCCCAAAGAAGGUGGCAGCAAUGGUCCCUUCCUGUGUGGGAAGCAGACGACAUUUGAAGGUGGGAUGAGGGAACCAGCGAUCGCAUGGUGGCCGGGGCACAUUGCUGCAGGCCAGGUCAGCCACCAGCUGGGAAGCAUCAUGGACCUCUUUACCACCAGCCUAUCCCUUGCAGGCCUAAACCCACCUAGUGACAGGGUAAUCGACGGACUUAACCUACUCCCCACCAUGCUCCAGGGCCACGUGAUGGACAGGCCCAUAUUUUAUUACCGUGGCAACACACUGAUGGCAGUCACUCUUGGCCAGUACAAGGCCCACUUCUGGACUUGGACCAACUCCUGGGAGGAGUUCCGACAGGGCAUUGACUUCUGCCCUGGUCAGAACAUCUCAGGAGUCACAACCCAUACCCAGGAAGAACACACGGAGCUACCCCUGAUCUUCCACCUAGGACGUGACCCAGGGGAGAGAUUCCCACUCAGCUUUGCCAGUGAUGAAUAUCAGGAUGCCCUCAGCAGGAUCACCCCAGUUGUCCAGCAGCACCAGAUGUCCUUGGUCCCUGGACAGCCCCAGCUCAAUGUGUGUAACCAGGCUGUCAUGAAUUGGGCACCUCCAGGCUGUGAAAAAUUAGGAAAGUGUCUGACACCUCCUGAGUCUGUCCCUGAGAAGUGCUCCUGGCCCCAUUAGCCAAGAUCGGAAUCUUCAACCAGCCCUGCAAGUGCCUAGAAAGCUUGGCCUUGGGCGAAAGAGACCAGCUGUCCUCUGCCCACCCACCACUGGCCGGCUGGCCUCUGCAGCCGGUAGCAAGGGUCCAAGACUGCACAUACUGGAGACCUGAUCCUGGGGUCUGCUCCCUAGCACUGUGGGCCAUCUUCCCAGCUGGCUAUUGAAAAAGAAGUUCUUAGUGCCCUGCUGGCCUUGACCAUGACCCAGUGCUGCAGCCCAGGGUCUGAAGCUCUGUCACUUUGUCUUCUCACUGUUGCUGCGUAUAUUUCAACCUUGGUGUCAUCGACAAAGGUGAAGAUUUCAGUGCUGUGCCAAGGAGCCAACAUCUACCUGGGCAUCAGUCCUCACCCCCUGUCAACUCCCUGGAGUUACCCUUCCUCUUUUCCCACUGGCUGCAAACAAGAGACAAAGAUAGCUCAUUGUCUGGCCCAAGGUGAGGUCAGUCACUGCCCCCAAGAGACAGGAAGAUGACAUCCUAAAUUUCUGGCUCGGCUCAGCACACUAUGGGACCACUUCUGCUGUACCUGCCUCCUGUCAUGUGCAGGCUAUAAGAUAUAAUCUCUAAACCCCUUCCCUGAAGGCUCCUGGGAGUUGUCCAUCCUGAACAAGUUCUCACAUCUGUGCAAUGACUGUAGUGGCGAAGCUGAAUUGUGAAGGUUGGAAAAUGAGAAUGAAGAGAGACUGAGAGAAUAAAUUCUCUUAUAAUAAAUUAUUCUGUUCCAAGAAUAAAGGAACAGGAGAUGUGUUA